CGUGGUCUGUAGUCUGGAGGAGUUUGUUGGUGAGUUGGAGGAGUUUGUGAGGUUUGGAGUCAGAGACUCAGAUGGAGAAUUGAGACAUGGCUGCGCGGACCGCUACACUCCUCUACCCGCUGCUGGGCAGAGCCGGAGCGCCUCUGCGGAGGAGACCGCACCGCUGGAGAACCUGGUUCUCCCCGCAGAGCUGCAGCAGGAGCCUGGCCGGCAUCACUCCCGCCCUGAGCCCGCAGCUGGCGGGCAGGUCGUACCCGGAGCUGUACGCGCUGUCGGUGGAGGAGCCGGAGCUGUUCUGGGGCUCGGUGGCCAGAGACAGGCUGGCCUGGAGCUCAGACUUCCAGCAGGUUAGCGACUGCGACCUGACGGCGGGGAGAGUCAGCUGGUUCCGCGGAGGGAAGCUCAACGUCUCCGUGAACUGUCUGGAUGUGCACGCUGCGAAGGAUCCAGACAGAGUGGCGCUGAUUUGGGAGAAGGAUGAACCAGGAACGGAGGAGAGGGUCACCUACAGAGAGCUGCUGGAGAUGACCUGCCGGAUAGCUAAUACCUUAAAGAGUCUUGGUGUGCAGAAGGGUGACCGUGUGGCCAUCUACAUGCCUGUGUCUCCAAUAGCGGUGGCGACCAUGCUGGGGUGUGCUCGGAUUGGGGCGGUUCACACGGUGGUGUUUGCUGGGUUCAGUUCUGAGGCUCUGGCUGGACGGAUUCAGGACGCCCAGUGCAAGGUGGUGGUCACCUGUAACCAGGGUGUGAGAGGUGGUCGCCUUAUCAACCUGAAAGCUACGGUGGACUCCGCAGUGAAGAACUGCCCAACAGUUGAACAUGUUCUGGUGGCUCAGAGGACCAAUCACAGUGUGCCCAUGGGCAAACUGGACACGCCCCUGGAGGAGGCCAUGGCCAGAGAGUCUUCUGAGUGUGCUCCAGAGCCCAUGGACAGUGAGGAGAUGCUCUUCAUGCUCUACACCUCGGGCAGCACAGGAAAGCCUAAAGGCAUCGUCCACACACAGGCUGGCUACCUCCUCUACGCCUCUCUCACACACCAGUAUGUGUUCGACUAUUCUCCGGGUGACGUUUACGGCUGUGUGGCGGACAUCGGCUGGAUCACAGGCCACAGCUACGUGGUGUACGGACCUCUGUGCAACGGGGCCACCACUGUCCUGUUUGAGAGCACACCUGUCUACCCUGACCCAGGUCGGUAUUGGGAGAUGGUGGAGCGCUUGAGGAUUAACCAGUUCUAUGGAGCUCCUACAGCUAUCAGGCUGCUCCUGAAGUAUGAGGAGAGCUGGGUAAAGAAGUACGACAGAUCUUCACUCAAAACACUUGGAUCAGUGGGAGAACCCAUCAACCACGAAGCUUGGGAAUGGUUUCAUAACGUGGUGGGAGAUGGACGAUGCCCUCUAGUGGACACAUGGUGGCAGACAGAGACAGGCGGAGUGUGCAUUGCCCCCCGUCCAGCUGAGGAAGGGGCUGAGAUCCGACCUGCUAUGGCUAUGAGGCCUUUCUUUGGUAUCCAGCCUGCUCUAAUGGGAGAGAAGGGGCAGAUGCUUACAGGAAAUGAUGUCACCGGAGCACUGUGCAUCAGCAAGCCGUGGCCUGGCAUGGCCAAAACCAUAUUUGGAGACCACCAGAGAUUUGUAGAUGCAUACUUUAAACCCUAUCCUGGUCAUUAUUUUACUGGGGACGGAGCGUAUCGCACUGAGGACGGCUACUACCAGAUUACUGGACGGAUGGAUGAUGUCAUCAACAUCAGUGGUCAUCGACUAGGUACCGCUGAGAUAGAAGACGCCCUGGAUGAACACCCAAAUGUUCCGGAAACUGCAGUUGUUGGAAUUUCACAUGACAUUAAAGGAGAAGUGGCGUUUGCCUUUGUGGUGUUAAAAGACAACACGACUGAGAACCAGGAAACUGUGAUUGAGGACCUGAGACACCUGGUGGCCACUAAAAUCGCUAAAUAUGCUGUGCCCGACCACUUUCUGGUGGUUAAGCGGCUUCCGAAGACGCGCUCAGGGAAGAUCAUGAGGAGGAUUCUCCGGAAGGUUGCCAUGCAGCAGACUGAAAGCCUUGGCGAUAUCUCUACUUUGGACGAUCCGUCCGUCGUUACAGAGGUCAUCCAGGCACAUGAACGUUACAGGAGUCGGUCAGCUAAAGGGUGAACGAUGAGCAUUCCUUAAUAUCAUAUGCCAGUCAUAUGAAAAUGAACAAGAGUGAACAAAUGGGCUGUGGGGUUUUUGAAAAAUGUGAUUAUGGGAAGAAAUGCAAUAGCCAGGUAUUCACCCACUGUUAUGUAAUGAAUUAUGUAUAAAGCAUUUAUGCUUAAUGAACAAUAAAAAAUAAAAGUACCGUAAUUUACAACCUUUAAGAGAUAUCAGUAGUCACUGUGAUCCAAAGAUCACCAGGUUAAUUCCUUACAGCAGCUGGAGAGAGAGAGAGAGAGAGAGAGAGAGAGAGAGAGAUUGACAAUUGACAAUGCUUUCUCUGAGUAGGUAGAUGGUGCUUUCUUACCUCAUCACUCCUAGUGUGAUACUGGUUAACGCAUCUGUUAGCUGAUUUAUCCGAGCUCGGGACCCGGUGCACUGACUACCCAGGGCUUUAGCGGCUGUUCGAAAAAGAGGCGGAGUCUGACUUCACAUGUGUCAAAGGAGGCAUGUACUAGUCUUCACUCCCCUAGUGUUUGGGAUGAUGGGAUAAUUAUAUGAAGUGCUUUUUAAUGUUUUGGGGUGAUGAAAGAAUCAUAAAAGUGGGGAUUGGACAAUCAUCCUUCAAAAUUGGGAAGAAAAUGGGGUGAAAUUGGAAAACUGUUUUUGUUUUUUUUUAAUGUGAUGUAAAUCUGGCAGUUGUUCUUUAUAUUGUGCCGCAACUUUUUGGCAUCUGUGAGCUGAAUGUAUCGGAACCGAGUCCGCUUUCCUCCGAACGUAUGGAGGACCAAAACUGCCAAAAUUAAAAAAAAUAAAUAAAUAAAAAUGUAUGUAAAUCACUCAAUAAAAGUAAUAUGGUGACUAAAACGGUAAAGAAUUAUUCUAAUUAUUAUAUCAAAAUAAAUACAUACACAUAAAAAUAAAUAUCAUAAUAAAUUGUUAUUUAUGGGUUUUUCAAUUAACAUUGUUUAAUUUUUCUAAAUUUGUUUAUUGUUUACAUAACUAUUUAUUUCUGCAUUAAUCUGUAUUCAUUUAUUUCCCAAUUUAUUUAUUUCUGUUUUUCCUUGUCCUUAUAUGAUAAUGAAGGGGCUGUCCAGCAAUGAUGUCACGAUGUCUCAGCAUUCCUAUUGGUUGAUCGAUGUCAGAUACCAUAUAUCGAUUGUACAUGUUUUGCCCGUUUGACGGUUACUUUGGUAACGUGGGAGAUUAUAUAAUAAAGAUCAUUUAAAUCGGAAUACAGACUAUAAUCCAUUUGUUUUCUGUACGUGAAAAACACGCCCCCUUCAUUAUCAUAUAAGGACAAGGAAAAAACGAAAUAAAUAAAUUGGGAAAUAAAUGAAUGCAGAAAUAAAUAAAUCGGGAAAUAAAUUAAUGCAGAAAUAAAUAGUUAUGUAAAUAAAUAAAAGUAAAUAGAAAAGAAAUGUUAAUAAAGAAACCCAUUAAUAACAAAUUCUUAGGAUAUUCAUUUUUUUGUAUAUUUAUUUUUAUAUUAAUUCUAUUUAUUCUUUAGCAUUUUUAAUCACCAUAUUACUUUUAUUGAGUGAUUUACUUACGUUUUUAUUUAUUUAUUUUUUUAAUUUUGGCAGUUUUGGUCCUCCAUACGAACGCGCUGGUAGUUGGAAAAGAGGCGGUGGCUGACUUUAAAUUUGUCGGAGGGGGGGGGGGGGCACAGGCUAGCUAAAUUGGGGAAUUUUUUUUUUUU